UUCGUCCAAAGUCUGUGAGAAGAAAGAAAAAAAAGUCAGCGUAGUUCAUUGUGCACGUGUCACCAGGACGGUGCGGAACGUCAUCGUCAAUUUCAAUUUUCUUCGGUCCGCGUGUUUUUUCAUAAUUUCAUCCUUCGUUGCGAACCGCUUGCUUUUGUCCGUUCUUCUCCUCUAUUAUAUCGCGCGAUGUGCUUCGAAUGAAAAGUGGACGCUGCAGCUUCUUUGACCGAUCGCCGAGUGUCGUGUUACGGUAAGAGAGACCAAAGAGUGGACUCUGGAGUGUGCGUCCGGGUGUUCCGGGAGGCUGUAGGUCGCGAAGGACUCGAGCGUUUGACACCGAGCCCAGCGAAAAGGGAAAGUGAGAAGGGUGAAGGUUGAAGGGUGCAUUUGCCGAAGGACUCGGCCGAUUUUGGGAAGAUGGAAAACCACGUAACGGCGUCGGAGAUGAAGCUCAAGGAGUUCGAGGAGCCCUCGAAGCCGACGCGGCGGGUAUCGAUAAGCGAGCAGAACCUCUCCUUCGACAAUUUUGGCUUCGAACAUCACCGUAAAAUCAGCGCCUGCUCCGAGCCGAACUCCGAGGGACGAAGGAAGUCCAUUCUGCACGGCGGAAGUCACUACGGAAGUUCCGAAAACAUCGAGAAUGGACGCGCGAACGGGAGGAAGAAGUCUGCUCUGAGUCUGAGCAGCUCGAUCAGGAGCAAAAUCGAAUACACCGAGGAACUAAAGAGAUCCUGGCUCUACGCCUUUUGCAUGCGAUGUCACGGCCACGAGGAAGCGACACCCUCCUGGGAACCCCCAGGGUGGAAACGGCUCUGCCCUCAGCCCUUCUUCCCGACUUACAGGAAAUUCGCCAGGAUACUGGCGCUGUUCAUCCUCGGCCUGAUGGUCUGGGGCAUAUUGUACUGUAUAAUAGGCAAGGACGCCGCCCCGGGAGGACCCUUCUUCAGUCUCGCCGCCCUCUGCAUCGCCGCGCACUUCGGCGGAUGGUUAUUCUCUCUCACCACUCUGCCGGCCCUCAUCGGGAUGCUGAUGACUGGCAUGAUUCUGCAAAAUACCGGGCUCAUCAGCCUCGCUGAUAAAUACUCAACCGUCUUGUCCAUUCUCCGGAAGUUCGCGCUGGUUAUAAUCCUGACGAGAGCAGGAUUAGACCUGGACCCGGAGGCGCUGAAGCGUUUGCGAAUCACGGUGCCGAAGAUAGGUUUGAUACCGUGGGUCGUCGAGGCUGGUGUAACGACGGUGGCCUCCAAAUAUUUCUUGGGUCUUCCAUGGGUGUGGGGACUCCUCCUUGGGAGCAUAAUCGCCGCUGUAUCACCGGCGGUGGUCGUUCCUUGCCUCUUCAGGCUCAGAGUAAAAGGAUACGGCGUUGCGAAGGGGAUACCAACCCUGGUGAUCGCCAUUGCUGGGGUGGACGACGCGGCCUCGGUCGCCAUCUUUGGAAUUAUAAAGAGCAUCAUGUUCUCCAACGACGCGUUGUGGUACCAAAUUUUGCAGGGACCGAUUUCGAUCUGCGGCGGUAUCGGUUUCGGCGUCCUCUGGGGCUUCCUGGCCAAAUACGUACCGGAGAAAAACGACCCCUACAUGGUGCCGCUGAGAAUCUUGAUGCUUCUUGGGGGUGGUCUAAUCGCUGUAUUAGGAAGCGAGGCUAUCGAACUCGGUGGUGCUGGACCUUUGGGUGUCGUUGCGGCAGCUUUUGUCAGUUGUUACUUCUGGCAAAAAGACGGAUGGGACGUCGAAGACAAUCCAGUAGCAACGGCCUUCGAGAUAUUCUGGAUGAUAUUCGAGCCGAUCCUCUUCGGUAUAACGGGGACCCAAAUAAAGAUCAACGAUUUGAACGGCACGACCGUCUACCUGGGAAUCGGAGUGCUGGUAGCAGGCAUCGUGAUCCGCAUACUAGUGACGCUGGUGGUCUCGAUCGGCUCGAACCUGAACAUGAAGGAAAAGGUGUUCGUGUCCUUGUCCCUGAUGGCGAAGGCGACGGUUCAGGCUGCACUGGGUCCGACGGCACUGGAGCAAGUUUCCGCCGAGGAUGCGGAGCGGACGGAGUACGGAGAGACCGUCCUGAUGCUCUGCAUCCUGUCGAUCCUGAUAACGGCGCCGAUCGGUGCCAUCAUUAUAACCCUUGCAGGUCCCAGGCUUCUUACAAAAACGCGAGCCGCCGAGCAGCCCGAAGAAUGGAACAGGAUACGCCGGCCUUCGAUGCGAGACAUAUCGAUAAUAAACGAGGAAAUCGAUAUGGAAGAGGAAGAUGCCGCCGAGGAGACGAAGCCCUGACGAGCCUUUCUCUCCCGAAUUCAUACACGCUUGGAUGGAAUUAA